GAUAAGUACUUUCUGUUUCUUGGCGGCGAGCAGACCAAAGCAACCCAAGCACGUCAGAGGAUUACUGUAAUUUUUGGACCCAACGAUUGUUUCUCCAGCUUUCAAAAUGCUCGGAGCUGCUGCAACUUUCACUGCAUUGGGGUUUCAACCACCAUUCAACUUCACCAACGCCAAUUCUGUUCCCAGAAUUUGUUCCCUCAAUAAACGUUCAAAAUCAAGACUUCAAUUGACCCAUCCCCAUCUGCAUUUUACUUUCUACAAAAGUAGCAGACGACGAACCCAUUUCCAUGAAGUAGCUUCAUCUUCAUCUUCAUCUUCAUCUUCGGCCAUAAAUGCAGAACAUGUAGAGGAACCAGCAACAAAAGUGAAAUUUCAGACAUAUUUGAGUUUGCCAGGUUGCUCAAACUCAUUAAUGCUGUUUGGAACUGGAUACAGGGAGAAGAUUUUUGCAAUCGUUGGCGUCAAGGUGUAUGCUGCUGGAUUGUAUCUAAAUCAAUCUAUCACAAGUCAUCUGAAUGCUUGGCAAGGGAAGCCGGUAGAUGUGAUUCAAGGGAAUUCUUCCUUGUUCCAAACCAUUUUUCAAUCUCCCUUUGAGAAAUCAUUGCAAAUUAUUCUUGUCAGAGAUGUUGAUGGUAAAACUUUCUGGGAUGCUUUAGAUGAUGCCAUCUCUCCAAGAAUUAAAGCACCCACGCCAGAAGAUGAUACUGCUCUGUCCACAUUCCGUAGUGUCUUUCAAAAUCGUCCUCUUAAGAAAGGAACUUCCAUAUUUUUGACUUGGUUGGACCUUUCUAAACUGCUUGUUUUUGUCUCAUCUCAAGGACUUCCUUCUACAGUGGAUGCUACAAUUGAAUCUUUAAAUGUUGCUUCUGCACUUUUUGAUGUAUUUUUUGGAGAUAGUCCUGUCUCUCCCACCUUGAAAGCUUCGGUGGCCGAUGGCUUCUCAAAAGUACUCAAGUAGAAGACAGUAUAUUGUAUCCUCAGGCAUUUUCAUGUAUCCGUUGUUUGUAGAGAUGAUGGCUUUAUUGUUUAAUGUACCCAGGUGUCGUAUCUUUCCUCCAUUUUGGUAUUUCUAUGAGCAGUUUGGAACUAUCAAACAACCCUUGUUAGAGAUGAAUGAUGGUAUUGUUCAUUACGUGAUAAUAUAUUGUUAUCAUAUGCUCAUCGAGUCCUACUUUUCA